ACCAGCAAACUCAUGUGAGAUAAGAACCAGCUCAAAACUUCCCAGCCCCAUUUGCAAGCUCCAGCCACCUUCACCUCCCCGUGGGGCUCAUCUCGUUCCUGCCUGGACCUGUACUAAGGAAGGGAUGGGAUUGCUCCUGAAGAUUUUCAUCCCUUUGUUGGGAGCAGCACUGGCCUUUUAUUUUUAUUCAGCACCUGAGAACUUCAAUGAAGAGAUGCUCCGGGGCAAGAGGGUGAUCGUGACAGGAGCCAGCAGCGGCAUCGGGGAGCAGAUGGCAUAUCACCUGGCACGGAUGGAGGCGCACCUGCUGCUCACAGCACGGACAGAGGCCAAGCUGCAGAAAGUCAUGGAGCGAUGCCUGGAGCUCGGAGCUGCCUCCGCCCGCUACAUCAGCGGCUCCAUGGACAGCCCCAGCCUGCCCGAGCAGGUGGUCAGGGAGGCUGAGAACACCUGGGGUGGCCUGGACAUGCUCAUCCUGAACCACAUCGGCCAGAGCGGCUUCACCUACUUCACUGGGGACGUGGGGCACGUCCGAAAACUCAUGGAGACCAACUUUGUGAGCUACGUGGCCCUGGCCACGGCUGCCCUGCCAAUGCUGAAGGAGAGCGAGGGCAGCAUCGUGGUGGUUUCAUCCGUUGCAGGUAAGAUUGCUGGCCCUUUUACUGCUCCCUACUCCGCAACCAAGUUCGCCUUAGAUGGAUUUUUCAGCUCCUUGAGGCAGGAACUCAUCAUAGACAAGGUCAACGUUUCCAUCACCCUCUGCAUCCUGGGCUACAUCAACACAGAGAGCGCCGUGCGUGCCGUGUCCCACGUCAUCCCCGAGACACCGGCCCCCAAGGAGGAGUGUGCCCUGGAGAUCAUCCGGGCAGGAUUCCUGCGCCACAGGGAGCUGCACUACCCUGCCAGGACCGUGAGCACCAUGCUCCUCAUCCGCAGCUUCGCCCCGGAGCUCCUCGACUCCAUCGUCCGCAGCAGCUACCGCCUGGAAAACGUCCAGAGGACGUAGUGCAGAGCUCUGUGGGACACCUGGGGCCCAGCAGGAUGGAUCUGGGUGGUCACCCAGCUGUUUGGGUGCCUCUUUGCACCACUGGGACAUCCCUGUGCUGGCACAGGACACUCCAGGAGUCUGUAACGCAGCACAGAAAUGUCCUUUUUAGUAAUGGACUCUUGUAAAGGGCUUUCUCCAGCCGGGAGGCACUUUGGAGAAGUCCUGCAGCAGCAUCUGCUGCCAGUGUCCUGCUCACUCUGCAGAAAUUGUUCCCUCUGGAAAGCCACUGAGGCAGCUGAGCUGAGCCCCGGCCCAGAACCAGGGCUUGGGCCAAGCAGCACAAACCACCCAAAGCCACGAGAGUCUCUGGAUCUGGAGAUUUUCUGUCACACAUCCCUUCCAUGCUGCUCUUUGUGAAAAUAAAUCCCAUGUUACUUUGAGA